GGCGAGCAGCAGGACGGAGCGGAGCGAGCGGGAUGUUCUCAGGAUAUCAAAGUGAAAUGAACAAGUGAAUGAAAUGAACACGUGAACAACCGCCUGCGGAUUUUAGAGAAGAAGACUUGAAAGGAAAAUAUUCGGCUGCUAGUGGAGAUAUUUCGUCUCAGAUACACAGACAGCAGAGAGACAGCACCAUGCAGCACUACGGGGUGAACGGCUACUCUCUCCACGCCAUGAACUCACUGAGCGCCAUGUACAACCUUCACCAGCAGGCGGCGCAACAGGCCCAGCACGCGCCUGACUACAGGCCCUCAGUGCACGCUCUCACUCUCGCAGAGAGACUGGCUGACAUUAUCCUUGAGGCCCGGUAUGGCUCCCAGCACCGAAAGCAGCGACGCAGUCGGACUGCUUUCACCGCCCAGCAGCUGGAAGCCCUGGAGAAAACUUUCCAGAAGACCCACUACCCUGAUGUGGUGAUGCGUGAACGUCUGGCCAUGUGCACCAACCUGCCGGAGGCACGCGUUCAGGUCUGGUUCAAGAACCGCCGGGCCAAGUUUCGUAAGAAGCAGCGCAGCCUGCAGAAGGAGCAGCUCCAGAAACAGAAGGAGGCGUCCGGAGCUGCAGAGGGCUCUACAGAGGAGUCCAAGACUGACGUCAACACCACCACCACCGCUACCAACCUGGUCCCUGAGGCUCGCACACCUCCCCCUCCCUCCUCUUCAUCCUGUCACUCAGAGACAGAGAGGCUGGCAGCCGCGCGGCCCCAGCCCGGAGAGAUGAGCGUGGAAGUCAACGUCACCUCUCCUGAGCCGUCGGACAGCGAGUCAGCAGCAGAAGAUAACGCUGACAGAGAGGAGGACGAAAUGAGAGGAGAGACGAGGGGGAAGAUCAGGGAGGAGACGCAGGCGGAGGGGGGAGCGCAGCCGGGUAGCAGCUCUCCAUCCUGCAAACAGCUGAGUCCAACAUCAGACUCUCCCCUGAGCUCCCCCAGCUUGCCGUCCUCCAGCAGCGUGACCAACGGUUUGGCGCAGGGCAACUCUUACGCUUCGUCUCCUCUCAGCCUCUUCCGGCUGCAGGAGCAGUUUCGACAGCACAUGGCCGCCACCAACAACAUGGUGCACUAUCCACCCUUUGAAAUGAGCCCACCGCCCCCCAUGCCCUACCUAGGCAUGAACGUCAACGUGCCGUCCCCGCUGAGCUCGCUGCCAUGCCAGUCCUACUACCAGACCCUGUCACAGGCCCAGCAGGUAUGGAACAGCCCGCUGCUGCAGGCGGCACCAGGCAGCCACCCCGGAAGCCUCAACAGCAAGACCACCAGCAUCGAGAACCUGCGUCUGAGGGCCAAGCAGCAUGCAGCCUCGCUGGGAUUGGACACGCUCCCCAACUGAAGCUGCUCAGUACCAUGUCGUCAGGGCCGUACCGAUGCAUUAUGGGCCCUGUCCACAGGAGGUGACUCUGGGCCCCUCUUCACUUUCCUCUUGACCUGUCACCACCGGCAGCAACUAUGUGUAUCCAUUAAAACACAAAAACUCAUUGAAAUAUCUCAAAUUUAAAUUUACCCAAUCAGAUAAUUCUCUUUUCAAAUACCAAAUUACAAAUCUGUGCUUGUUUCAUGUAAUUUAACUGAACAACUGCUUAUGAUUUGUUUGCAGUGUUCUUCAUUUGAAAUAAAUUCAAUUUCAAAACCAAAGCGGUGUGACAAACAGUAGAAACAGCAUACUUCUCCGGUGCACGUGAAGGCACUUUAAGCUCCCUUGGGGCCCAGGGUUGUCGACGCACCUAUUCCCCUUCACCUCAUCGUCACCACGUGGGCACGCAUCACUGCUGGGAGCACACCAGGACAUGGAAACCGAAAGAAAGAUUCCAACAAGAACUCAAUGGACUUAAAAGAAAACAAAAGUCCCACCUGGACUGCAGCUGCGACUGAAACAGAACUUUUCUUCCUGUGGAUCUUUGCUUGUGUUCGGCUCCUCCUGCUCAACACCUUGAGCAACAACUCUACUCAUGCUGGCUGCUCACAAAGAUUUCAGUCUCCUCUGUGAAGUCAGGGAAGAACUUCUUGAACUGCAGAGCUGACUCCAGGACAGAUAUAAGAUAUUAAAAUAUUAUAUAAUUCAACCCCUGAACGUGAACUAUGCAUGCAUGCACCCUCCUGAAGCAUGGCUUUCAGCCGCAAAACACAAAAUGAAGUCCCAUCUGAUCGGAUAUCAGAAAUAAAGAUCACUCGAUAUGAUCCCGUACCCAAACUGUAUUUCUUUGUAGAUGACACAUGACUGUCCUUGUUUAAAGUUACAGCACUCAGCUGAAUCCAUUGAGCGUUUGUAAAUAUCCCUCAGUGUUCACCUCCAUCUGCCUGGUUAGAAAGUAACUCCAUGUCUUCUUUUGUGUGAAGGAUUUGAGAGGAAACGUUUCAAUUUAUUUUCAAUUGUGGCUUUAAGCAACGGACCUACAGCAGCAAUUUAAAAAAAAAAAAGGGGGGAGAAUCUGCGGAGGAGGCAAAUAAAUAUGAACCCAGCCGACAUAUAUUUUUGUGAACUCGGGCGCCACACUGAACUCAACAGAGGCACCACUUUUUCUGAGCCCCUGGCUUCAGCAGGAGGGACGCACAGGCUCAUUCUAUAUGUAUUAUAUCACUGUAGAUUCAAGAAAUGUAUUUCUCAAUUGUUUAAAAUGUGAGUAAUUUAUCUGUUUAAUGCAAGGGAAUAAAUCACACAUAAGAAUGA